UACUCGAAAACAUGGAAGCCGCGCAAGCACGUGUGCAGAAUGCUGUCACUGCCAGAAGCGAAGAGCUGGAGAAAGGGCAAAUCAGGGGUAUUGAGGCUGAAAUGUAUAGAUGUAACCUAAAGUGUGUAGAGAAUCAGUCGUACACAGUAGAGGACAAGGACCGCUGUCUGGAACGCUGUUCAUCAAGAAUGAUGCAGAUACAGAAAUAUGUACAGUCAGAAAUGGAGGCCUAUCAGAACCGACUACAGCGCUGUGCUAUGGACUGUCAGGACAAAGCUCGCGACAAAUUGUCAGGCUCACCAAAAGAAUCGGAGUUUGAUAAGAUUCGAGGAGAGAUGGAGAAAUGCAUGAUUAAGUGUGCAGAUUCACAUGUGGAUUUAGUUGGACCAAUGUUUAAACGCAUGGCAACGUCUAUAGCUAGCAACAAGUACUCUUAAUUCUGUAGUUAAUGAAGUAACCUAUGUGUGGUGAAUAUGUAUAAUGAUUGUACAGAUUUACAUGGUCGCGUUGAUGAAACAGGAGGAAAGAAUCCAGUUGAUCAGUAUGGAAGAGAGUUGCAUGAAAUAUAUUCUCAUGUGUGCCAGAGUGAUUCAAUAAUUGGGAUAUUAUCUAAUGAUGAUAAAACAUAUACAUGUAUUAGUGAUUUUUAAUGCCCCUUCUAAAAAAUUGAGACACUUAAAUUAGAAUGUCAUGUUGAUAGGUUAUUUGACUGGCUAAAUUCACAAAAUGAACAAAAGCAAUUGUACGUACAUCACAAAACAAUAAUGCCAUACUCACUGUAUGUACUACAUAGAAAUAUCGCAGUUCUCAGGAAAGAUGUUUCAAACAGAAACUUGAAUUAACUGUUGAUGUAUAACAUAAAUUUAACAGAAGAGAUACAUCUCUUUAAAGUUGAGAGAUUGUAUAAGAUUAUUUAAUGAAUGACAAAAUACAAGUUUUCAUAUCUUUUCCAAACUGUAUAUAAUAUAAGACAAUGUGAUGGAUGGUGAAAUACAUGAUUUUAGAUCUUUUCUGAACUGUAGUACAAGUAUAAGGUAAUUUAAUUAAUGAUGAAAUACAAGUUUUUUAUGUCUUUUCUGAACUGUAGUGUAUGGUAAUUGAAUGAAUAAUGAAAUGCUAAACUGUUGUAUAAGACAAUUUGAUGAAUGGUGAAAUAGAAGUUUUUAAAUCUUUUCUUAACUGUAGUUUACAGUAAUUUAAUAAAUGAUGAACACAGGUAUAUAGAUCUUUUCUUAACUAUAGUUUAAAGUAAUUUAAUAAACAAUGAAACAAUUCAGGCCUAGGAGUGGUAGCAUUGUGUUGGGGUUAAGGUAUGAGGUGCAUGGUUUCGAUUCAUACCUGAAGAAGUUGGUUUCUGAGUUUUCGAAACUUGAGAUCACUUACUUUCCUGUUCUGCAGUGGUUAUGUUUUAAGGCAAAACACUUUACUCCAGUUGCUUUGGUUAUCAUGUGACAGACCUCCCAUAUGUUAUUCGCUAUGGUAACCCCCAGCUAAGCUACUACAAGAAGACUCCCACCUCAAAAUGGCCAUGACUGUGGACUGGGCGAUAUAACUGGCAAAGAAAAAGCACUGAAAUUAAUCAAACUUUUCAUUAAUGUGAUGCUUUGGGAAAUUCUAUUUCAAUGAAACAAUACUGAAAUAGCUUUCUAUGCAGGUGUAGGAGUGGUAGAAUUUUUAGGUCACCUGACCUGUUGAGAUCCCCUAUUGUCCUUCUUCUGUCUGUAGUAUUUUUACAUUUUUGACAUCUUUUGGAAAGUCCUUGAACCAAUUUUCAAAGAAAUUUUGCAGAAACCUUUCAUGGCCAAAGCUGAACUAAAAUUUUAAAUUAUAUGGUCCCCACUCCUCAGGGGCCUGAGUGACUGGGCCAAAAAGGGGUCAAAUUGUUGAAAUAUAAAAAACCUUUUCUCAAUACCAAAUACUGUGGAAUCAAAUAAUCUUCAUGGAUGGAAGGGGUAUUAUAAACUGCUUUAAAAAAAUUCUGAAUUUCAUGAUACCAGGCUCUCAAAUUUCCCCUUGGGGUGGGGGUAAAAUUUACUAUAUUUUAUAUAGGAAAAUUACAUUUUUGAGCAUUAGUUUAUUUUCUUUUGAAAUAAACAAAACUAUGAUAGAUUUGUUAGUAUAGUGUGACAGUGUGAUGAUAUGCAAAUAUUACCCUUGUUGACCCCCAGGGGCUUCUUGGUAAGGUGAAAAAGGAUCAAAUUGGCUGAAAAUGUGAAAAACUUCUUCUCAAUAACUUAAAAUGCUAGAAUAGAAUACUCUUCAUGGAUGGAAGGGUCUAGAGGGGCUUUACCAAAAUUGUAAAUUUCAUGAUCCUAUGGAAGUUGUGCAAUAACAAGUCAAAACCCAGUAAAAUUCUCCUUUCCCUGUAAAAAUAGCACUUCACAUUUAUGCUUCUCUAUACUACACAUUCAUUCCAAUUGUUUGUGAGUUCAUGACAUGUGACUGUUUAGACCCCUGGGCUUCUUGUUACAGAUUUAUCACGCCAACAAACUUAGUACUUAGUACAGUGGAUUACCCUGUCAUUAUAUAACAAUUCCAAUUAAAGUACAUUAUGCUCUAACACACACAUAGAGCACAAUAUCAAUACUAAUACAGAUUAGGAUUUGUUAUAGUAUUGAAAUAAUAAAUAGAUAUAGGUUAUAUUAAACAUACACAUAUAAAUCUUCAUAUCUUCUCAGUAUGUAUUGAUACAGAGCUGACAAACGAAUACAAUUCAAUAUCUGGUACAUGCAGUAAAUAGAAAUUUGCUACCAGGUAAUAGGAUCUUAUCAAAUGUAUGAAUGUGAAAAUAUCGGACGAAAUAGAUAAUGUAGAUGUUUAGACUAUUAAUUAUGUGAAAGAUAGAUUUCUUACCUGCCAUCAUUAGAAAGUCUUAAAGGGAGUAACAAAUGUUCCACCAAAAUGGCCAAUGGUACAAUGACAAAAGAGAAAACCCUGACCAUUGGAUAACACAUGAGGUAACAACGGGAUAAUUCAGAAACUGAACAAUAAUGAAAAUACAGGUAACAAAAUCAAUUUAAGAGGCCAAAUACAGAUACAUGUAUGUAGUAAUACAUGUACAGAAAUAUUGAUUGUUCAUAAUGCAUGCAUAUACAUUUACAGGAAUAUUAAAACCAAUACAAAAUGUACCUAUAUGGUUAUAAAUGUUGUAUGAUGAUGCACCUUAUUUGUAAACCAUAAUAUUAUAUCUGAUGUAAAUAGAGAGAAAUAAAAAUGAUCAAAAAUAG